CAGGUACGUAAAUAAGUGAUGUUUUUGGCGACAGUUUCUGCAGCUGACUGUAGGCUAGGCUGUACAGUAAUACAGAGAGGGGUUGGACCACUGUAUGUUGCGUAUGGGAGGAGCGCACGCUCAAAGACAGAGUUCAUUCCAGCCAUGUAAACAUUAGGAGUUUGGACGCUGAAAGAACAAGGCGCACAGCUGGAGAGGAUCCCAAGCAAGACAGGGGGAAGACAUCUUUGCCUCAGUCAAACCAAAUACAGGAGGCCCAACAACAAGGACUAAUUCCUAUUUAUCCAGGGCCCUCAGAGGCACUAGCUAACUUUGGGUGAACCAGAGAGCUCUUCAUUGGUGUGUGGACAGUAGACAGUGUUGGACCAUGGCGCUCGUGGACCCGACUGCAUCCCAUCUGGACCCGGGCAUGGAUGGUGAGAGCGGGGUCCUCGCCAGUGUCUUUGGGGUCCUCCCCAACGCCAACUGCCCCAAACACGGGCAGAACACUCCGGAGGACACGAAACGAUGCCUACGCAAGGUCAUCGGGCACCACAGGGACUACGUCAAGAUCUCGCUGCCCGACGCCAAGGGCAACCGGCUGCCCACAGAGUGGUGGAAGACAGCCAUCGCGUUCUUCUACGCCAUCUUCAACCUGGUACUGACCACCGUGGUCAUCACGGUCGUCCACGAGAGGGUCCCGGAGAAGGAGAACAGCCCGCCACUGCCCGAUAAGUUCUUUGACUACAUUGACCGGGUGAAGUGGGCGUUCACAGUCACCGAGAUCAACGGCAUGCUCCUGGUGGGAAUCUGGGUUAUACAGUGGCUUUUCCUCAGAUACAAGUCGAUUGCAGGUCGGAGGUUCUUCUUCCUGAUUGGCACCCUCUACCUGUACCGCUGCGUCACCAUGUACAUCACAACCCUUCCUGUACCCGGCAAUCACUUCACCUGUGCCCCCAAGCUGUAUGGAGACUCUCACGCUAAGAUGCAGCGUGUGCUGACGUUGAUCUCCGGCGGCGGUCUGUCCAUCACCGGCUCCCACCUCAUGUGUGGUGACUUCCUCUACAGCGGACACACCGUCAUGCUCACCCUCACAUACCUGUUUAUUAAAGAGUACUCCCCGCGGACGUUCUGGUGGUACCACCUGAUGUGCUGGCUGCUGGCUGCUGUGGGAGUGGUGUGUAUUCUGGUGGCCCAUGAACACUACAGUGUGGAUGUGGUGGUGGCCUACUUCAUCACCUCACGCCUCUUCUGGUGGUACCACACCAUGGCCAACGUCCAGGCCCUGCGGUGCUCACCCAACAACUACCUCACCAACACCUGGUGGAACCCCGUGUUCAACUUCUUUGAGAGGAACGUGCAGACCCAGGUGCCCUGCUCCUUCUGCUGGCCAAUCACCUGGCCCCCUGCCUGCCUUAAGAACUCCUGUAAGAAGUACAGUGCAGUGCAGAGCCUGCGGGAGGAGUAGGGACUCCACCCCAGUUCAGGGUCGUGUUCGCCAGGCAUUCACCGCCAGUGUUGCUUUGAACACCCCAACCUAUUUUGUAUUCAUGCAGUAUUUAUUGUCUAUUAUGUGAUUUUAAAGUAUUAUGUGAAGGAUAUUUCAUUGUAUGUGAGGAAAUGGUCAUAUAGGGAAAGUAUGUGAGAAGAAUAACAUAAUCCACAUUGGGUCCUUGUGCACUUCACCACUACAAUGUAUCUUAUUUAUGAGGUCAAGUUGCUCAGUUUAUUUGAAAAUGUUCUUUAUUCUUGUGAAUGUUACUGUAACAAACUCAACGGAGGUCAACAUGUUGCGAUGUCAUGCAGCGCCUUGCCACUGGCUUGCAGCUUUACUCAAAACGCCAACCUAAAAAUGGAAUUGUAUCGAGCUAUACAUUAUUACGUUUACAUCAAUUUGAUUUCAUGAAUAUUAAAUACUUUAAAAAUAUCUAAUUUCCAAAAUGUGCCUUUAAAUACAAAUGCAUGCAAUUUUAAAUUGCAAACUUUAAGAUGUUUGUUUUCAAUGUUUUAUAUUAAUUGUGUAUUCAUUUAAUUUGCAUUCAAUGUGCAUUUAGUCUUUAGUCUCAUAUGAUGUGUGUCCUAAUGUACCAUAAUUUAUACCUUCAUAAUAAAAAAAGAACACGUUGACUUCA